AUGAAAAUAUUUUCUUUCUUGGACAUAGUUACUUUGUGUCGAUGUGCACAAGUUUCCAAGGCAUGGAAUGUUUUAGCUCUGGAUGGAAGCAAUUGGCAAAGAAUAGACCUCUUUAAUUUUCAAACGGAUAUAGAGGGUCGUGUUGUGGAAAAUAUAUCGAAAAGGUGUGGUGGGUUCCUGAGACAACUUAGUCUGAGAGGCUGUCUUGGUGUUGGAGACUCCUCUUUAAAGACCUUUGCACAGAACUGCAGAAACAUCGAACACUUGAAUCUGAACGGAUGCACAAAAAUCACUGACAGCACGUGUUACAGUCUUAGCAGAUUCUGUUCCAAGCUGAAACAUCUGGAUCUGACAUCUUGUGUAGCCAUCACAAACAGCUCUUUGAAAGGCUUAAGUGAGGGUUGCAGAAAUCUGGAACAUUUGAAUCUUUCCUGGUGUGAUCAGAUUACGAAGGAUGGUAUUGAAGCACUGGUGAAAGGGUGUAGUGGACUAAAAGCUCUAUUUCUUAGAGGUUGCACACAGUUAGAAGAUGAAGCAUUGAAACACAUUCAAAAUCACUGUCAUGAACUUGUAAUCCUGAAUUUGCAAUCCUGUACCCAAAUUUCAGAUGAAGGCAUUGUAAAAAUCUGUAGAGGAUGCCACAGACUUCAGUCACUCUGUGUCUCAGGCUGUAGCAACCUUACAGACGCUUCUCUCACAGCGCUUGGUCUGAACUGUCCGAGGCUGAAGAUUUUGGAAGCUGCAAGAUGUUCCCAUCUCACAGAUGCUGGUUUUACCCUUCUAGCACGGAAUUGCCACGAGCUGGAGAAGAUGGACUUGGAAGAAUGCGUUUUGAUAACUGACAGCACAUUGAUACAACUCUCUAUACACUGUCCUAAGCUACAAGCAUUGAGCUUAUCUCACUGUGAAUUGAUCACUGAUGAUGGGAUCCUCCAUCUGAGCAACAGUACCUGUGGUCACGAGAGGCUGCAGGUCCUGGAGCUUGAUAACUGUCUCCUCAUCACUGACGUGACCCUGGAGCACCUGGAGAACUGCCACAACCUGGAGAGAAUCGAGCUGUACGACUGCCAGCAAGUCACGCGAGCUGGGAUCAAGCGCAUCAGAGCUCAUCUACCUCACGUGAAAGUUCAUGCUUACUUUGCUCCAGUAACUCCCCCUCCAUCGGUAGGAGGGGGCGGACAGCGGCUCUGCAGAUGCUGCAUUAUUCUUUGACAGUAAGUGCAACCAUACCGAAAAUCGUGGUGGUCUUGUUGAAAAAAAGAAUGGGACUGCAAGUCGGUGGAAGGAGUCGGUUUCCUGACAGUCCUAGUGGUGUUUGGUCAUCCAGUUUUGUGACGAGAAAAGCAUUCUCUUUUUUUUCCAGGUUAAAAAAUUCUUAAUGUACUGUGCAGCUGUGGAUUAAGUUGGUGAUGCUUUGGUUUGUAUUAGUAACUCCUUCCUUCUGUUGGCAUGAGAACUGCAGUACCGUGUGAAACGUGGGGGCAUUUCAGCGUAGCAGCUUCUUGGUGCGAGUUCACUAAACUUGGGAGUUAAUCUGUAUUUGUAAGCACUGAGUGUGUGAAGCUCUAACCUAAGGUGGGGCUCAAGUCUGUCACACCAAGGAACUGAACCUGCUGUUCUGUAAUAUACACGACAGAUCAAAGAUCAGGUUUAAGGACAAAUCAGCUUUAGCAGACAUUGACCAAAAAAAAAAUGCAAGGUACUCAUGAGCUCUUGCAGCAAAACAGC